AUGUAUUAUAUUUGGGGAAAACAUAAGAAUAGAGCACAAAAUGAUAUACUCUUGCAAUUUAUGGAGAAGUACCCGGACAUCGCCAAAGGCUUUACAAGAAGGGAUAAACAACUAGUAGAUUCCCUCUGGCAGCAAUUAGCAGAAUCACUAAACAGUGCUGGCCCGCCUACAAAGGAUAUAACUGGUUGGAAAAAGGUAUGGACGGACUGGAAAAGUGAGAUAAAGAAGAAGUUGGCGCAGAAUAAAGCCGAGGAACGCGCCACUGGUGGAGGACCCUUUUCCAAGAAUACACUGAACCAGACGGAGGAGAGUAUUGUGCGUAUUUGCGGAAUGGUGCAAAGGGUUGAAGGUGUUUCAGGAUCAGCACUUGGUCUCGAGGAGGAGUACCUCAUAUCUAGUGACGAUGACAUGCCUUCAACUUCUGCGAAACGUCCACGCCUUCAAUGUCCGCAAGUUCAAAACCCAAAAGCGAAGGAAACCACAAGACGUCCGAAACAAAAUGGACGCUAUGUUAAAAUUCAACAGGAAGGAAAUGAAUCGAAUGAGCUACUAAUUAAUUCCGUUAAUAACUUAACGCAGGAGUUCAUGACCUUCAAUGCCAAAAUUAUUGAAUUGCUAGAAAAACGUGAAGAGGAGAUACAUGACCCCUUAGUCGAUUCAGAAUAA